UUAGAACCCUAGAGAUUUAAAUAGCUCUCUGUCUUGAGAUUCUUCGUCUCUUCUCCUCUAAUGCGCAGAGAGAGAGAGGGAACAUCGUAAACCAGUUCUCAGUUCUCAGUUCUCAGCUCUCAGAUCUGCUGCUUCCAGAACCCUAAGCACUGUUUUCAUCGAAUUCAAUACUCUAUAGUCUUAAUUUAAUACUGCUUAGAUCGUCAGGAUUUUGCUGCUGGUGAUGGAUCUUCCUAGUCUCGCUGUUAUUCUUCAGGCUGCACUCAGCCCUAAUCCGGAUGAACGCAAAGCUGCUGAACAAAGUCUAAAUCAGUUCCAGUACACUCCACAGCAUUUGGUAAGGUUGUUGCAGAUUAUUGUGGAUGCUAAUUGUGACCUGGCCGUGAAGCAAGUUGCAAGUAUUCAUUUCAAGAAUUUUGUGGCAAAAAACUGGUCUCCUCAUGAGCCUGAUGAGCAACAGAAGAUCUUGCCAAGUGAUAAGGACAUGGCGAGGCAGAAUAUUCUUGUGUUUGUUACACAAGUUCCUCCAUUGUUGAGGGCACAACUUGGUGAAUGCCUCAAGACAAUCAUUCAUGCUGACUACCCUGAGCAAUGGCCAAGCCUUCUCCAGUGGGUGAAACAUAACUUACAACAAGAUCAACAAGUCUAUGGAGCUUUGUUUGUCCUUAGGAUUCUUGCUAGGAAAUAUGAAUUCAAGUCAGACGAAGAGAGGACGCCAGUUUACCUCAUUGUUGAGGAGACAUUUCCUCAUCUACUUAACAUAUUUAACAGAUUAGUUCAGAUCCCCAACCCAUCACUUGAAGUUGCAGAUUUAAUCAAGCUCAUCAGCAAAAUAUUCUGGUCAUCCAUAUAUUUAGAGAUUCCUAAGCAGCUGCUUGAUUCGGAUGUGUUCAAUGCAUGGAUGAUUUUGUUCUUGAAUAUAUUGGAAAGGCCUGUGCCUUUAGAAGGGCAACCUGUAGAUCCAGAGCUCAGAAAAUCAUGGGGAUGGUGGAAAGUUAAAAAAUGGACAGUUCACAUUUUAAAUAGGCUCUACACUCGGUUUGGAGAUGUGAAACUUCAUAAGCCAGAAAACAGAGCUUUUGCUCAAAUGUUCCAGAAGAAUUAUGCUGGCAAGAUUUUAGAAUGCCACUUGAACUUGCUGAAUAUGGUUCGUGUAGGUGGAUAUUUACCGGAUAGAGUUACCAACCUCAUUCUGCAAUAUCUGAGCAGCAGUAUAUCAAAGAAUAGUAUGUAUCAGUUGCUACAACCCCGGCUUGAUGUUCUUUUGUUUGAGAUAAUUUUCCCCCUUAUGUGCUUCAAUGAUAAUGAUCAAAAGCUUUGGGACGAAGAUCCACAUGAGUAUGUGAGGAAAGGCUAUGAUAUCAUUGAAGAUUUGUAUAGUCCUAGGACUGCUGCAAUGGAUUUUGUAAGUGAGAUGGUUAGGAAACGUGGUAAAGAAAACCUACAGAAGUUCAUUCAAUUCAUUGUGGAGAUUUUUAGGAGAUAUGAUGAGUCACCAGCAGAGUACAAACCAUUUCGACAAAAGGAUGGUGCUCUUCUUGCUAUUGGUGCAUUAUGUGACAAAUUGAAGCAAACUGAACCUUACAAGUUUGAGCUUGAACGCAUGCUGGUGCAGCAUGUUUUUCCUGAGUUUAGCAGUCCUGCAGGCCACCUUAGAGCGAAGGCAGCAUGGGUUGCGGGCCAGUAUGCACACAUCAACUUUGCAGACCAGAACAAUUUCCACAAGGCUUUACACAGUGUUGUUUCUGGCUUGCGUGAUCCUGAGCUUCCAGUUCGUGUUGAUUCAGUCUUUGCAUUACGCUCUUUUGUUGAAGCCUGUAAAGAUUUAAGUGAGAUCCGCCCAAUUCUUCCUCAGUUACUUGAUGAGUUCUUUAAACUUAUGAAUGAGGUUGAGAAUGAGGACUUAGUUUUCUCUCUUGAGACCAUUGUGGACAAAUUUGGGGAAGAAAUGGCACCUUAUGCUCUUGGACUAUGCCAGAACCUGGCGGCUGCAUUCUGGAAAUGCAUGAACACUGCUGAUGCUGAUGAUGAGGCUGAUGACCCAGGUGCUCUGGCUGCAGUAGGUUGUUUGCGUGCAAUCAGCACAAUCCUUGAGUCUGUGAGCAGACUUCCCCAUCUCUUUGUUCAAGUUGAGCCUACUCUGUCGCCCAUAAUGCGUAGGAUGUUGACUACUGAUGGGCAAGAGGUUUUUGAGGAAAUCCUGGAAAUUGUGUCAUAUAUGACAUUUUUCUCUCCAACAAUUUCUUUGGAGAUGUGGAGUCUUUGGCCUUUAAUGAUGGAAGCAUUGACAGACUGGGCUAUCGAUUUCUUUCCAAAUAUUCUGGUUCCGUUGGACAACUAUAUUUCCAGGAGUACUGAGCAUUUUCUAACUUGCAAGGAUCCUGACUAUCAGCAAAGUCUUUGGAAUGUACUUUCAUCUAUCAUGACAGAUAAGAAUAUGGAAGACAAUGAUAUUGAGCCUGCUCCUAAGCUCAUUGAAGUAGUUUUCCAGAACUGCAAAGGUCAAGUGGAUCAGUGGGUUGAGCCAUAUCUUAGAAUCACCAUUGAACGUUUACGGCGAGCAGAGAAGUCAUACCUGAAAUGUCUUCUGAUGCAAGUGGUAGCUGAUGCUCUUUAUUAUAAUGCAACUUUGACUCUGGGUAUACUCCAAAAGCUUGGUGUUGCAACAGAGGUUUUUAAUUUAUGGUUUCAGAUGUUGCAACAAGUCAAAAAAAGUGGUGUACGUGUAAAUUUUAAAAGGGAGCAUGAUAAGAAAGUUUGCUGCUUGGGAUUGACUUCUCUUCUUGCACUUCCUGCUGCCCAGUUGCCAGGGGAAGCUUUAGAACCUAUUUUUAAGGCAACACUAGAUCUGCUUGUUGCCUACAAGGAUCAAGUGGCAGAAGCAGCAAAGGAUGAAGAAGGUGAUGAUGAUGAUAUGGAUGGCUUCCAAACUGAUGACGAAGAAGUAGAUGAUGGAUCUGACAAGGAAAUGGGAGAUGAUGCUGAGGAUGGAGAUGAAGCCGACAGUGCUAGGCUACAAAAACUAGCAUCCCAGGCAAAGGCCUUCCGCCCAAAUGACGACGACGACGAUGACGACUCAGAUGAUGAGUACAGUGAUGAUGAAGAAUUGCAGUCACCAAUAGAUGAAGUGGACCCCUUUAUUUUCUUUGUGGAUACUGUCAAAGGUAUCCAAGCAACAGAUCUGGGGCAGUUCCAGAAUCUUAUGCAAAGGCUUGAUUUCCACUACCAGGCCCUGGCAAGUGGCAUUGCGCAGCAUGCUGAUCAGAGGAGAGCAGAAAUAGAGAAGGAGAAACUAGAGAAGGCAGCAGCCACCUCACGAAUUUAAUGUGGUUGAUCUUUUUUGGCUUGAAUUUUGCAUUGCUCCCCCUAUUCUUGCUUGCAUAUUGCGGUAGAGAAACCAAGAGUCGUUACAAGUUCAAAUGGAGUUUGGUAAGAGUCGUUACAAGUUCAAAUGGAGUUUGGUUGGCUUGCCGGCCGAGGUGAUCAGUAAUCAGAAAGUUCUUUAAGGUUUGGAAGCGUUUGGACCUGAAUGUGUCUUGGGUUCUAAAGGAAAUGGCAGCGCAAAUGGGAAUCCCAUCUUUGGUAUGGUUCUCCCAUAUGCUUCAAUGCAUGAUGGGCAAAGUAUCUCUGGUCGGUCUGGCUUUUCUACGGCAGAAGAGCUGCUGCAUUCCCAUCAGUAUUUAGUCUAGGUUGUUGUCACCAUUUGUUUUGAGAAGAAAUUUCCUAUUCUUUCUCAUGUUGGAUCAGUUCCAACGGAGUAGUACAUCGGUUUAGGAACCCAUGAAUCUGUCUUUUUGGCCCAAAGCAGGGAGGGUUUCAAGUAUAGAGUGUAUAUGAUUUUUCUUUUAAUCAAUAUCAGCAUCCCACGGGAGGGUGUUUGAUGGUUGUAUUGAUAAUUUUUGGUGGAAGGGUGUCUGCUUAGUACAUUUUAAUUUAUUUGUUCGUUAAAUGAGGGGGUUUGGGUUCUUUGUAGGGGCCUUACAUGUGGGUAGGUCUCUGCUGAUGUAAAUCAGUACUUUAUUCUUUAUAUCAUCUACUAUUUUAUAUCAAGAAAACGAGUGACUUCCGACCUUGAA